CAGUUCCCCUCUUCCAAACUGCACAUUUACUCUAUAUCUUUCAAUAAGAACAUCUACUUCACAAGAAGCCAAUCUGAUAGCCAUGGCUGUUUCUACAAUCGUACCCUCAGACUAUCAGGAACACGAAUCUACCGUGAUCCUUCAGACGGCGAUGGAUAUUGUUUCCAAUAAAUUCCAUGAGCCGGCCAAGUCAACCCCCUUAGUCAAUACAGUUGAGAUUCUGGAGGAUGAUAGUACUAUGGUUGACACCCCAGAAGUCGUUACUACUCCAGAAAUCACUAUUCUCCCAGAAAUCGUUACUGCCCCAGAAGUCACUCUUCUCCCAGAAGUCGUUGACAUCCCAGAAGUCGUUGCCAUCCCCGAAGUCACUACCAUCCCAGCAGCCAUUGCUACCCCAGAAGUCAUUGCCAUCCCAGAAGCCAUUGCUGUCCCAGAAGCCACUAAGUUCCUAGAAGUCACUGCUCCCCUAGAAGUGGCUCCUAUUGUACCCCCCUCAGAAGAUAAUACCUUGGAGGAGACUGACAGAUCGCUGCGGCUGAGCGAUGUCGUUUCUAGUGUCCUUGAGCCAACAUCAGGGGCUAAGAAGCUCCGCAAGAUGUUACUUGAGACUAACGAGCUGAUCGUCUGCCCUGGUGUCUACGAUGGGCUCUCAGCUCGCACGGCUAUAGAGCUAGGCUUUAAUGCCAUGUAUAUGACUGGCGCUGGUACUACAGCCUCCCGUAUCGGGCAGCCAGACCUCGCCAUUGCCCAGCUGCAUGAAAUGAGGGAAAAUGCUGAGAUGAUUGCAAACCUUGACCCGUUUGGCCCUCCUCUCAUCGCUGAUAUGGACACUGGAUAUGGUGGUCCUAUCAUGGUGGCUCGUACUGUAGAGCAAUACAUCCGCGCUGGCGUGGCUGGUGCCCAUUUGGAAGACCAGGUCCUUACCAAGCGAUGCGGUCAUCUUAGCGGAAAGAAAGUUGUUCCGCAAGAGGAAUACAUCUCGCGUAUCAAGGCUGCGCAUGCCGCACGCGUCAGGUUGCAAUCCGAUUUCGUGCUGAUCGCCCGAACGGAUGCUCUUCAGACUCUUGGAUACGAUGCAUGCAUCUCACGACUUCGGGCUGCCCGGGAUGAGGGCGCGGAUGUGGGGCUUCUGGAAGGAUUCACCUCCAAGGCUCAAGCAGCACAGGCAGUUCAGGAUCUGGCACCUUGGCCCCUAUUACUAAAUUCGGUUGAGAAUGGUAAGAGCCCUGUCAUUACCGUCGACGAAGCCAGCAAGAUGGGAUUCCGCAUCAUGAUCUUCAGCUUUGCCACAUUGGCACCGGCAUAUGUUGCUAUCCGUGAGACUUUGGCCCGGCUCAAGUACCAAGGGAUAGUUGGGACACCUAAGCACAUCACACCUGUGAAGCUUUUCGAGGUCUGUGGGUUAGAGCAUAGUAUGGCAGUUGACAAGAAUGCCGGAGGCUUGUCUUUUAUGGGUGGUGUAUGAAGUACCAGAUGUUCGAUCGUGGACCUAGGCGGUUUCUUUUGUUCUCCUUUCCUUGGUUUCCUUGUCUUGGUGUAAGUCAGAGCUAGGCUCACAGAUUGUAUGAUAUUGCGUGCCUAGUAUUUGCAACAACAGUAUAGUAACUCUAUACCUAGGUAGAUAUAAUGAAAGUUAUAGUGAUGGAAGCAAUUAU